GGCUACAGGUUAGUCAUGGCUGCCAUGAGGUAAACUAAGGAGCCAAGUGCGCGCAAGUGCGUUGGCAUUUUAUAUCAUUUUAUGUAUCUUUUUUUUAAGAUACAGACUAUUAUUCGGUUGUGAAAAUAAUUGUAUUAUUUUUAUAAGUAUAUUAUAACUUAUAAUAAUGUUUGAAAUACACAGUAUACAUAUUAUUAAUCUUUGUAUUUUAUCAUUUAAAUUAUACAUUCCUCAUGUUUACUGUCGCAUAUAUUAUAAUUAAAAAGUGAUAAAACAAUUAAAGUAUUUCGACAAAAGCUAUGACUUGAUAAUAUUAAUAUGAUAUUGUAAGAAAAAAAGGUAAAUAUACCUGUAAAAAUUGUAAACUCACAAUCAUGGAGCACUCAGACCUAGUUGCUGAGAUGGUACAUGUGGAAAGAUUGACAACGCAAGAGCGAUUACAUCUUGCUCGACAUCGCAGGCUUCAGCAGCUUAAAGUUUGGCGCCAAAGAGAAAAAGAAUGGUUGCGUCAUCAGACAAAACAUCCAAGUAAUAAAAGAAGCAUCUUCUUUGAUGAUAGUGUCAUGUUAUUAGAAGCUGCAGCUAGAAAUGAUAUUGAUGAAGUACGAAGGCUGUUGAAAAAAGGUGUUAAUCCAGAUUCGACGAAUGAGGAUGGUUUAACUGCUCUUCAUCAAUGUUGUAUUGAUGACAAUGAAGAAAUGAUGAAAUUACUUGUUGAGUUUGGUGCCAAUGUUAAUGCUGAAGACAGUGAAAAGUGGACUCCUUUACAUGCUGCUGCUACCUGUGGUCAUUUACAUCUUGUGCGUUAUUUAAUAACAUCUGGUGCUAAUUUACUAGCUGUCAAUGCUGAUGGAAAUAUGCCUUAUGACAUUUGUGAAGAUGAACGAACUUUAGAUUGUAUAGAAGGUGAAAUGGCUAGUCGAGGUGUAACGCAAGAGUUGAUUGAUGAAACUCGUGCGUCGACAGAGGUUCAGAUGUUACAGGAUUUACAAAAGGCGGUAUCGUUAGGUCAAGAUUUAGAAUAUAAAGAUCAUCAAGGCGCUACUCCUCUUCAUAUAGCAGCAGCUAAUGGUUAUCUUCGUGUCGUCGAAUAUCUUUUGGAUCAACAUGUUUCCACGGAUGUUGAAGACAAUGAUAAGUGGCAACCGGUGCACGCAGCUGCUUGCUGGGGUCAUUUAGAGGUUCUUGAACUAUUGGUUCAAAACGGUGCUGAUUUGAAUGCAAAAAAUAAGCACGAUGAAACACCAGCCGAUAUUUGUGAAGAUCCUGAAAUUCGAGAGCGCAUAGUUGAAUUGAAAACAGAACAGGAAAGUAAAAAACUUCGUGAGGCACAGAGUCGGCGUGUACGUAGAUCACAAAGCAUCAACACUAGAACACAAAGCGUGAGACGUACAUCUAUAAGGGAUAAAGUUCUCACGACGAAAAAAGACGCACAAGAAGAGGCUAGAUUGAGAUUACAAGCACAACAAACUUAUGCUCCAACUAAGCCAACAGAUUCGAUAAUUUUAGCAAAUAAUUCAAACGUUCAAGAUAAAACAGAAGAAUCAGAUUCUACUGCAUUAACUCCAGCAGUGCGUCGAGGUCCGGAAGGCAAAGACAAUGAUUCGUUUCUUCAUGAAGAUGUUGACAAAGACUCAGUCACAGGGCCUGACUCGCCUGUCAACCGACAACAACCAAUUUAUGAAAGUGAUAAUAAUGGCAAGAUCAACAUACAUGUGUCUGUAGUUUUCGUCAAAUCAUUGUCGGAUCUGAAGAAACAACGGGCACAGAGUCGGCAUACAAAUCCUACGGUAGAUGCUAAUGGAAAUGGUAUUCCAGUUUCUUCAACAUCUGAUAAUGAUUUAACUGCGAAUGAUUUUCAACGAUUUUCUGGAAAUACUAGUGAAAUUAUUGGAGAUAGUCAUACGGAACAACGUUGUUGUGUUGUAAUGUAAAAUAAUCAAAUGUGAAAUUUUUUACGUCCAAUGAAAAAUAUAUUUUUCAUCAUUAAGUAAUUAUAUAAAUAUAUAAAUCAGUAACAAGCAAAGGCUUCAUUUAAAAAAGUUUAUAUUUAUUCUCUAGUGAAUAGAGACAAAAAGCGUAUGUACUUAAACUGUUGGCUGAUAUUUUUUUUAAAUAUUUCAUAAGAUUUGCAUAUAUGCAUUUAUAUUAUGAGAUAAUAUCUCAUAUUUUUUUUUUCGUACGGCUCUAUAUUAUUUGUUAAUUAAUUUAUUUAUUUCUGCAAAUAGACAAAUAUAUUUUCGAUAAAACAUUUUUCUAUUUUAUAUAUUAUUCGUAUUUCUACAUUUUUUUAUGAUACAGCUAAUUAAUUGUAUAAGGAUUAUAAAUAUUCAUAAAAUUAGUAGUAAAUUUUUAUUAAAAAUAUUUUUUUUUCUCAGUUGAAUAAAUUUAGUAGAAAAUAUGAAUUAUCAGCUUUACAAGUUAAAAAAAUGAUUUGAAACAUUUUCGCUUAUACAGAAAAUGGUUUAUGAUUUAAAAGAAUAAAAAAUACACUGAUUGAAAAUUUAUAUUGAAUUAAGAAAUAUUUUCUUGAGCCAAGAAUUUAUUUUUUAAGAGAGCCAAUUAUGUUGCUUUAAGAAAUUCUUGUCUUGAUUUAGAUUUUCUCAGCUCUAAAGAUUUUAUAUCUUCGAUGGAUAAUUCUUGUGUCUUGACCCGAAACUAUAUCAUCUUCAAUAGAUACCAUCGAAUUUUUCAAGCAAGGCCACCCUGAUAGCCACCUUAAGGCUCGGCCGUACCUAACGAAAUCUCGAAUUUAAGAAUUCUAAUUACUUUUUGAAUAUUUAUGGGACUCGGGUGAUAAAAAUCUUCCGAGAAAGUUCGUCUUCUGCUUUGAGUGAGAAGCUAAAAAAAUUGCUGUUAUGAUAAUUAUUUAAUAAAUAAUUAGAAUUAUUAAAUUCGAGAUUUCGUUAGGUGCGGCCCAGCCUUAACCACAAGUUAACUUCAAGCUACUGCCGUAUUGGCAAGGUGCGCGACGAAAACGACAUCUGUCGACCGCAUUAAAUCAUCCUCAAAAAGCACAGAGAGAAUACGGAAAGUUUUUAUAAACAAAUAAUUAAAAUUUUUAAAGAUUGCGAAAUAUAUGUGUGAUACCGCAUUUGAAAGGUGGAAAAAUAUAGAGUAGAUUGUACUGAAAAAAAUAAGUAUAAAAAAUUUUAAUAAAUACAAAAUAAAUAUUAUUUUGAACGACAUAAGGUUAGCUUGUAAUAAUAAUAAUAACAACAAUAAUAGUCAUAAUAACAAACGAGUUAAAAUAAUUAUAAUUAUAAUUUUUUCAAAGUUAAAAUUAUUAAUUUGCAUUAAGUAAAGAAAUUGAAGUGAUUUAAAUUAUUCGUAAUUUUAAAUUUUAAAACUCAACAAUUAAAAAUACUUUGGGUUAAAAAUUUGUAAUUUAAAAAAAUUCCCCGUAAUAAUUUUUAGCCAAAGAUGAAUAUCAUGGAUGGAAAUGUAUAAAACUUGCAAUUACUAUUUCUGUCAGUAUUUUUGCAAUUAACAACACAACAACUACUUGUUCUUAUUUUUUAACAUUGCUUUCAUUUAACUAUUCACAAGACAAGUGCGAUUUAACGCGUAUUUCGUCCACUGCAGGCGCUACAAUCGAUUCGAUUGUCCUCACCCUAUACUCCACACCCUGCCAAUUCUGAAGUCAAUUUAAAGGAAAAUGUUGGAGAGCAAACAGUUACCUUUAAGUUGACUGUAAAUUGUCUGUAACUUGAAUUCAAUUUGACUACAAGUGUUACUGUCAGACGAUGAUGUUAAGUUGAUUAAAAGUUUCACGUCAAAUUGACGGCAAGUUUUUUUUGUCAAAUUACAUUCAGAUGACGGUAGUAGAUUUGCAUCAACUUGCGCGCAAGUAUUAUCCAGCCGAGGCUUGCCAGAAACUUGUCGUCAAGUUAGCCGAAAAUGUUUCACUGCAAAACUUGCUGAGCAAGGUGUAGUGACCAGGGAUUUUUUAAAGAAUUUUCUCAGAAAGUUGGCGCCAGUGAAGAGUCGCAAUUCGAAGGCAGGUUUCUGAGAAAAUUGAAGACAACUUUCCGUCAACUUUGGAAAUACCAAUUUUUGUGGCCAACUUGGCGACAGGUUACGGCUGUUAGUUUGACGCCAGUUUAUCGCCAACUUGGCUAUCAGGGAAAUCGAUUCUUGUUUUAAAAAUCGCGUUGUUCUCGAAAUAAGUCGGUAAUGUCUUCAACUUACAUUUUUGCUUAUCUUAAUCCAAGAGCAAGAAAUUCUCAAGCGAAAUAUAUAUUCUGUUUCAAUGGAACAAAGAGUAAAAUUCCCAAACAAAUAAUUUUUUUCUCCAUCUAAGAAUUUUAAUUUGUUGGUUCAAGAACUUAAUUCUUGAAUUAAAACAACUAAAAAUUUUGAAACAAGAAUUUGAAAAUAAAAAUUUUUCUUGAAUCAAGAUAGUUUUCUAUCAGUGUAAAAAUAUUUGCUCAUUAUAAUUAUGUUUAACUAUAAUCGUUACUUAAAAGUACUAUAUCUUGGCCGGUGAGACUUGUGUCUCUCUCUGGUCUAUAAAGUGUUGUGAUUAAUAGAGGCGCAAAGUAAUAUUUUUUAUAAUUUUUAUUGAAAUAAGUAUUAAGUAGAAUAAUAGUUAAGACAUUUUAAUUAAUGAUUUUAUCGAAUUGUUGCGUAAUUAAUAUCUCGAUUCUUAUUCAUUGAAACAUCACGUACCUAUUACUUAACAUUAAUGUUUGAAAUAUCAUAACGCUGAUAAUAUUAAAGUAUGAAUCUCAAACUAUGAUACUUUAAUAGUUCGAGUUAUUGACACGUUCUUAAUUCUUCCGAAAUUUACAACGAUAGAAUAUAUUAUUGUUAUUUAUAAGUAUUUAAGUACUUAACUAUGGAUACUUAGUACUUUAAUAUUUAUGAAUCCAUAAAGAAAAAAAAAAAACCAAAGCUCAUUCUUCAAAACCACGUACUUGAACUAAAUUUAUAAAAUUUCAUGUUUUUCGGUGUCUCCAAACUAAAAGAAAAAAAAUGUAGCGCCGGUCAAUUGAAAAAAAACAAAUUUUCCAUAAUUGUGUAAUUAUUUAAAUUACAAUUCCAAACUGAAUGUAAAAAUUAUAAGCAGUAGUGAUAAAUUUAAAAAAUCAAAAUUAAAAAACUUUUAAUAAUGAAUGUUGUUUCGAAUUCACAUAAUAUAGAGAAAUUUAAUAUUAACUGUAUAGAUAUUUUCAUGAUAAAAAAAAACAAAGUUUUUUGAUAGUUAUGACGAAGUUGUUGAAAGUGAAAAUUAAUAAAAAAUUUUCUAUCUUAAGAUUGAAACGGAUCAAAAAAUCUAAAUAAAAAUAGAACAAACUAAAACACUAUAAGUAUAAGAGAAAAAUAAAACUUAGCAUUGAUUGUUAAAAUUAAUAAAUUAUCAUACAUCGGUUGAAGUCGUAUGAAUUAAUUAUAAAAAAAUUUUUAACUUACGUUGAAUUUAGUAAUUGUAUAUAUUUUUUGUUGAAUACUCUAAAUUUAGAAUUUGUUGAAUAAAUCAUUUUAUCUUGUAUACUCAUUCGGGAAAUUUUAUUAUAAUGAAUGUGCACUGAAAGAUUGGAACCCGAUUGGUUACUGUUCUGCACCCGACUCAGUACGGUGUUGGAAGAAAAUGCUCGAUUGUGGUGCAGCACCACACUGAUUAUUGUGCGAAACUUGACUGAGUGAUAUGCGCACACGACUCAGUCAGGUUCCGCACACGGCACAGUAAUCACUGUGGUCUUUACAAUCGAGCAUUUUUUUCCAGCACCGUACUGAGUCGGGUGCAGAACAGUAACCAGUCGGGUUCCAAUCUUUCCGUGUGAAUAAUUAUUUACAAAUUCCAUUUUCUAUUAUUUAAGUACAAUUAAUAACAUUCCGUAUUAAUUAUAUUUAAAACACUCUUUUUUUUUUUACUUUUAAAACAAAUCAAGUUUAAGAAAACUUAAUUUACCAUGUUUUUUAACAUCAGAAAAUCAGAACAAUAAUGUAUAAUAAUUUAAAUUGAGUAUUUGAAUGAGUCUAAAUUUUAAUCCAUUUGUUUUAUAAGUAUUCUUAUAGGCUUAAUAUUUUUUUUCAUAAGUGACUUUUUUGUGUUCAUUACACAUUUUUAUUGUAUAUUUAUUAUGGAAUAUUAUAUAUACACAGAUGUGUAUACAAUGCAUUUUAUGUAUGAUUUGGGAUAUUUAUUAAGUUGAAUCCAUUGAAAUACGAACAACUGAUAUAGAAUUAAAGAUAAUAUAAUUUAUUUUUUAUUAUUAUUAUCAUUAUAAAUUAAUUUGUAUAUUUAAUUUAUUAAUUUAUUCAACAAUUAUUAGUCAGUUAAUUCAGCAAUUAAUUGUCAUUUUUUCAUGGGUAAAUAAAUUGUACAAAU